AUGAGGGUACACAUCUUAUUAAUUUUCCUUGCCAUCACAGGUUUUAUGGCAUCAGUGGCGUGCCAAGACUUGGGACAGUUCUACUGUGGGAGACAGUUGGCGGCGACUUUGGCAGCUCUAUGCAACAGUAAUUUGAUGAAGAGAUCGCAGACGCGUCACAGUGCGGCGGCUGUGGAUAUGAGCUGGCCGUGGCUCGCGCCGCACAAAGCACACAGUAUGGGCCGUAGCAAGAGGCAGGUUGUCUCCGAGUGCUGCGAAAAGCCUUGCACCGUAAAUGAACUAAUGUCAUACUGU